AUGUCUUUAGCUAAUGUAUUGAUUGAUGCCUAUCGUAGUCUUGUGGAGGAUAAGGAUGCCUUGAUCUUAGAACUAGGGGAAGCUGAACAAACCAGAGAUGAUCUGGUAGUGUGUGUAGUGGAUCUGAAGGAAACCAUUUGUGAGUUGGAGAAAGAAAAGGAUGUGUUAACCAAAAAGAUUGCCAACAUAGAACAUGAAAGAGAUGACUUAGUGGUGGUAGUUGUUGACCAUAAGGAAACUAUUGAGAACUUCAGUAGAGAAAAGGAGGCCCAAGUGAAAAGAGUGACUGAAAUUGAGGAAGAAAGAGAUGAUCUCUUGGUAGUAGUUACAGACCUGAGGGAAACAAUAGAGGGAAUAGGAACUGAGUCUAAUCCUGAAAAUACUGGAAAAGGAAAAGAGGGAAUAGGGUUCCAAAGGGAGAAAACCCCUUACAACCUACAUAGCAAGUAUGUGACUGUACCAGAAAACUGGUUGUGUACCCACCCUGGGAACAAUGGACAUUUCAAGGAAAACUACCAAGCCAGGGUCCAGUCCAUCCAGAAAAACAAAGUAUUUGCUGAAAAUGUAACUACUAAAAAGGGACCAGGUUAUCUUGUGGACAAGAAAAGGACUUAUGGAAUGGCUCACUUCCUAGGUUCAUGUCUCAUUUCUUGGGGCACAAGAAAGCAAAACUUAGUGGCUCUUUCAACAGCUGAAGCAGAAUAUGUAGCUGCAGUAUCCUGCUGUGCUUAA